UCUCACGGCGGACAGCACACACUCCUGGCAGAAGAUGUGAAAUUUGCUCGGCCAUGCCUUGUGAGCCUAUUCGUGAACAUGUCAGUGGUGUGGCACAGUCGGCAGCUGUCCUUUCGCUGACCUCGGGCGUUUUGGGCAGCUUCCCAGGCGCUUCGCGAACUGGUUCAAAAAGUAGCUCCUCUGGAAGCACUUCUGCGUCUUUGUCAAGGAGGCCGAGUGCUGGCACGGCUGACAUGACCUCAGCCACACCCAGCGCUUGUGGCAGUGUCUUCUCCCCUAGUCCAGCUGCAGCCGUCCGCAGCGCAAUGCCAAGCAGCUGCGCUUUGCCAAUCAAGCCUCGCAGUGUCAGCAUCUGUGAGUCCAGCAUGGGAGGAACAAGCCUGCCGAUCCGAAGCAGAAGCGACACAGGCAGCAGCUUAACUCUGCCGAUCAAAGGAAGAAGUGUCAGCGAAAGUGCCUGCGAUGCAGAUCGUCCUGCAUCCGGCCUAGCGCUGCCGAUACGCAGCCGCAGCAGCUUGGAGCCAGGUCGGAGUGGCUUGGAGUUGCCCAUCGCAGGGCGCUCUGUCGUCGCAAGUGCUGACCGCAAGAGGUCCGAGGUCCGUGAAGAGGGGCCGUGCGCUGCAGGAGCGAGAACGGAGCCAGCGACGCAAGCGACCGCGGCCAGCUGUGGCGUGGCCCUCCUGAAUUGUGUCUUCAGCGACUGGGACAGUGAGGAGUCGAAGUCGCCCAUGACCAAGGCCAAGUCCAACCCGCAGUUGACUGGAUCACCAGGUGAUGAAACUCCUGUAUCCUCUUGCAGUCACAGAAGAAUGAGCUCGAAUGUUCAGUACAAAGGCUUCAUCUCCCAGCACAGCUCGGACAUCUCGGUCUAUGAUCGUUACGAUUUUGGUGAGCUCUUGGGAGAGGGUGCAGCUGGAUCCACCUGGGAGGCCUUUCCUCGAGUGCGGGAGACCAGGAGUGGGACCCGGGCACGACGCCUGAGUGGCCAGGAACGGCCAAGAGCGAUCAAGAAGGUGCCCAAGCGCCGGGUCAGCAACUCUACUGAAAGCUUCCUCGCGGAGGUCGAGGUCCUGAAAGAACUUGAUCACCCUAACAUCUGCAAGCUUUAUGAAGUCUUUGAGGAUGCAGACAACAUCUUCUUGGUCAUGGAGCUUUGCAGGGGUGGAGAGCUCUUCGACCGGAUCACGCAAGGAGAACUUGGAGGUGAGGCUCAGGUUGCCAAGCUGAUUCAGCAGUUGGCUCAUGCUGUGCGGUACUGUCAUGAUCGGGGCAUCAUCCAUCGGGACAUUAAGCCAGAGAAUAUCCUCUUCGUGUCCCCGGAACCCGAUGCCCCGGCGAAGCUCAUUGACUUCGGCAUUGCGUGCCACUUCAAACAGACGGAGCAUCGGAGGGAUGAGAAGGGCACGGAGGCCUACUUGGCACCCGAGGUGAAGGACAAUAGCUCGUACACCGAGAAAUGCGACCUUUGGUCUCUCGGCGUUCUUUUGUAUGCAAUGCUCAGUGGCUCUCUACCAUUUAAAUCAGCUGCAGCUGCAAGGAGUGGCGACUUCUCCUUGGAGGCUGAAGAAUGGCAACAGAUCUCCUCAGAAGCCAAGGACCUGAUUCGGCACUUACUGGUGGUCGAGCCCUGUGAGCGGCUCUCGGCUGCCAAGGUCCUGGAGCAUCCCUGGGUGACUGCCAGCCUGGAGGAAGAGGCUGUUCCCGUGAAGGUCCAAGUGCGUCUGAGACGCUAUCAGAGCACAUCUUACUUCCGGAGGAUUCUUCUGUUGGUCGUAGCAAGACAACUUGGAGCCAACGACCUGCCGGAGAUCUACAAGACCUUCAAGGCCAUGGAUACCAAUGGAGAUGGCUCACUGUCUUUGGAGGAGUUCCAAAAAUGCCUGUCCAAUGGAUCAGGUAGCCCAUCUCCAGAGGCCCAUGCCACACCUGAGGCUGGUGAGGCAGAUGAGCUCUCCGAGCUCUUCGAGGCGCUCGAUGCGGAUGGUAGCGGUGCCAUCGAUUACAGUGAGUUUAUGGCCGCAGCCAUUGACCGCAAGAUCUUUUUCAGAGAAGAGCUUUGCUUGCAGGUCUUUGCUGCUUUGGACCGAGAUUCCAGCGGCACCAUCUCCAUCCAGGAGCUUUUUCAGCUUUUGAAGGCUGCAGACCCAGAGGAUUUGUUGGGUAACGAGCUUCGGGAUGAAGUCAUGGAGCUCUUGGACCGCUAUGAUACGGACCGUGAUGGAGAGCUCAGCUUUAGGGAGCUUAGUGGCAGCAAUAGAAGGAAAACACAGCCCAUGUUGGUGCCAAAUCAAGGAUUUCGCCUGGGAAUUCGGAGACGGAGACUGCGAGACAAGUUCAAGUCGGGUUGAAACUCCAAAUGGCAACCAGCUGGAGAGACCUUUGGAUAUGUUUGGCAUCAUUCUGAGUGGUUCCGAGGCCAUUACUACUACAGAAUAAAGGACGUAAUUAGGUGGAGGCCAUCGCAAGUAGGUUGGAGGUCAUCGCUGCUAGGAACAAGAAGCUAGUAGCAAGUUGAACAAUACCGAUGGCCGCAGCACGUCCACGUCCCCACAUCUGCAGCACAGGUUUCGGGCCUUGCUGACGCAGAACCGCGAGGGAUCGCCGCCCAAGCGGUUGCAAAAGCGGGUAUCACAAGGCUCGGAUUUGAUGACGAAAUCUCCCUCCUACUAGGUGCAGCUGUCAGUUGAGUGCAACUGCACUUUUGGUAUGCGGAACACAGGCCUUGGGCCGUUUUGAAAAAUCGGUCAUACUUGAUCAGGUACACUCAUCUAAAACCCCACUGUGUGUGUGUUCUUUUUAAGAGAACACAGAUCGAUGGGAACAGAGUCCAGAGUUGGGUUGGAGGAAUCAUCCAGAAUUGAGGCCCUUGGAGACUCCUACCCCGGAUGCCAACUCGCAGUGCCAAUAGUGCCAGCACUGCCACGGAUUGAUGGGCUGUGGUCGG